AUGAAGGACGAUGAAGAAGCAAAACUAACUAAUGAAAUAAUUGAAAAAUUAAAUCAAGGAAAGCAAGAUUUGGAGCACUCAAUGUCAGACCUGCAGAAGACUGUCUCCACUCUCAAGCAACAUAUUGUGGAACAGAAGGAGAAACAGAAGCUUUUGGUGGCAUUUCCAGACCUCAAUAUUCCCACAGAAGCACAGUUUGAAAGUACAGGUGACAUUGUUGUAGACAUGGAAAAACAACUGCAGGCCAACAGCAUCCGUAUUAGCAUCCUUGAGGAGGAGAAUGCAAGACUUAGAAAGUCACUGUCCAAACUGAAGCAAACAGCCCAGCAGGGCAACUUAAAGUUAAUUCCACAGACGCAGCUCUGGUCAUCACCAGAUGAGAUUCCAUCUGAGGAGGGAAAGAAAACAAUCUGUCAUUAUGACACUGAGGAGACUGCUUCCCUGUGUAGUGGAUAUACAAGGAGCCCUCAGCCAACUGCAUCUUCAGCAUCUGUAGCUGCCCGAUCUCAAAGACCAAACAGCAUGCAGUGGGACAAAGUGCCUGCGGUAGAUGCCAUGCGUAAAGCACUUACUAACAUCAGCUCCACACCACAAAACUCAGGAGUCAGCUUUUAUUCAGAACUAAGGAGGACUGGGUCGUCACCUGGAAACAGAGCUUUUUCUGCCAAGAUUAGAAAACCAUAUCGGAAGUAAACUAUGAACACAUGGCUGGAGAGAGGAGACAUUUGAGUUUGACAGUUUCCUUCCAGUAAAAUCCAGUUUUAUUCUUCAUGAAAGGAAUGCACUUUUUAAAACAAAAUAAGCAAAAUGGUUUUGAAAACCUGAUUCUCUACAUUCCGUUAUGUGUGGCAUUUUGGAAAUUAGUCUGUGAAAUAAUAUAUAUGGAGAAGAGACAAUUUUUUUUUAUGAGCAGAGUUUCCAGCUCAGUUUAGAAAUACAAUAAAAUGAUGUCAAAUGGCCACAAACUUAAUCAUAAAAGAUGAUGUUAAUAAUGUCAGUAUAGUCAUAUAAGUGACCAUAGGCUAGGUAUUUCAUAUAGUACAUUGUCUUGAGAUAGAUACCAUUUUAAAAUAAAAUGAAUUAAUUUGAAAAUGAAAUAAAUCA